GGGUGGCCGGGUCGCUAAAUCGUUGUUUAGCUCUCAGUCCCGGAUUGACUGUUGCUGGGGUACCAACCCGACUAUCUUUUCUGUAGAAAGCUCUUUCAGUGGGUAGUAAUUCCUUGUGUAUCAAAUUGUAACUUUUGAAAAUAAUAAUUUUUCAUUCUUCCCGCAAUUUUAUCAUACAUUUUACAACACUGUGUGACCCAAAUUGCAAAUAAAUAAAUUUUUUGUGUGAAAAAAUUACAAGUGAAAAUCGUCCAUUUACUCUCUCUCCGCUAAUAAGAAAUAAUCCCUUUUACAUCCUUAUGGAUUUCCUGCUAAGAACAAGAAAAUUCGGACAAGCUGUGUGAAUGCGGAAGUGAAAAAAGUAUAUAUAGUUGAAAAUAGACGUUUAUCUAUUUGAUUUUUAUUCGUGAAUUUUUGUUUUUAUUUUAAUUUACGAAGAAAGUAAAAAAAGGAAAUCAAUGAAAAAUUUGAUCUUGAACAAUGAUACAGCAACAGGACUGUGGGAAAUUGAUUUGGUGGUGUCGUCAAUGUAGAAAUUCUAAAAUUCAAUAACAGUGGGAUUAUUAUUUUUCAAUUAAUCAACAUUGUGGAAAUUAAUUGUGUGGUGUUCAUUGUGUAGUCAGUGGUUGAUAAAUUGAAAGAGGCAAGCGUGGCGGGCCCGCAGAUUAGGCGUCUAGGCUCCUGGGGCCUGUGUCAUGCACGCCAGCACGACAACAGAUCGGGGCGGGGGUGGCGGUGGCGGGUCAUGGCGUUUACCUCUAGACGAAACACUACAAGUACAGGAUCCCAAGUCGAAAGAAGAGGAUCUAGCAUAUACUCAAGAGGGUCACAACUGGCGAAGCAUAAUAUUCUCACUUCUCGUAAUUGGAUUCGUGAUAGCAGGCAUUGUAACAGCAAUUUACCUUUUAGGAUACGUAGACGAAUUACUAUACUGGUCAGGAAGAAGAAUGAUAUUAGAUGAAUAUAUACAAGGCGACCUGGAACCAGAUCGUUUGAGACCCACUUGGGUUACUCGUAGUAAAUUCGUUUUUCAAUCUGAUGAUGGAGGCCUUGCUGUUCUUGACACUGCCAAUGAUUCGGUUACAACACUCGUUACAAAUCAUACACUGAGGCAAUUGAAUGUUAAAGGUUAUCAAUGUUCUUCAGAUCUACGUUAUGUUUUAUUUAAACACAACGUCAAACAGGUGUUUCGAAAUUCUCUGACAGCUUUUUAUACAGUUUACGAUGUGACAAAUGAUCAUCAUAUGCCAGUUACGUUGAAGGAUUCACCAAAAGUACAACGCACUCGUCUCCAGUUUGCAACGUGGCUGGGGAACACAACCGCCUUGGUAAUUAUCGCUGACAACGAUAUUUACCUUCGACAAUCACCCUCCGAUGAGGAGGAUAUUCGUUUGACAAAUACUGGUCAGACGGACACUAUUUACAAUGGCGUUCCAGACUGGUUAUAUCAAGAGGAAAUAUUUUCCUCGUCCGAAGCUAUAUGGGGAUCAUCGGAUGGAACUCAUAUCAUGUACAUCUCAUUCAACGAUUCCAGCGUAAAUAUGAUGUUAUAUCCGUGGUUUUCCUCUAGUCUAAUGGUUGCUUCAGGUGGUGUUACAAGUAGUGCAAUUUUUCCUGAAACACAUACUCUACGUUAUCCUACGCCGGGUACAGCAAAUCCUGAAGUUGAACUAUGGAUUCUGGAUCUAACCAAUGUGUCGGACAUUCAGCGUUCUCGUGUGAAGCCACCACUAUCAUUGGAUGGGCAUGAAUACUACCUAACAUCUGCUGAGUGGGUUUCAUCAAAUCAUCAAAUAUCUGUUGUAUGGAUAACACGUGCGCAAAAUCUCAGUAUUGUAUCCAUUUGUAUUGCACCAAAUUGGACUUGCAUUGAGACACAUUCAGAAACUGCACCAGAAAAUGAAUGGUUAGAUAUUCUACCACAUCCAGUUUUCUCCCUCGAUGGUGACAGUUUUCUCACCCUGGCGGGAAUCCAGGAAACGGGCACAGAACAUUUUACUCAUAUCAAACACGUCACAAUUACCCAACAGCGCCUUUCUGUGAUUUCACAUGGAAGAUAUGAGCAAGUAGCUGUGAUAACACAUGGUAAACAACUUCAUCAGGUUCUCCGUAUUUUGGCAUGGGAUAUGGUGAAUCACUUGGUUUAUUACUUAGGCACACAGGACAAAAAGCCCGGUCAGAAGCAUUUAUAUGUUGUACGAGAUCCUGUAAAUGAGGAUGUUCGAAGGUCUGAACCACAAUGCAUAACCUGCGAUUUAGGUGAAGUUCUGUGGAGUAGUCGAUACUACUAUAGCAAUUGUACCCACUUUGAAGUUCAUAUGACUCCAGUUUCUUCCAUUUCAUCAGAUUUAGGAAUUGAAUAUUAUAUCUUGGAGUGCCUAGGUCCAGGACUUCCUUUAUCAGGAGUUCAUUCAGCAGAGACCCAUCGUCUUGUACGUAUUCUAUAUGACACACGACCGUAUUAUACCGAGAGACUGCAAAAACUUGCUCUUCCCACUAGUCGUUCCUAUGAAAUUGCAUUGUUGCACGGUACACGGGCUCAGGUGCAAAUUCUCCUCCCGCCAAGUUGGCGUGAGGAAUUACGCGAUGCUGCAUUUCCCGUACUUGUUGAAGUCAAUGGCAGACCUGGAUCGUUAACCGUUUCGGAUAAAUUUAGAAUUGACUGGGGUACUUACAUGUCCAGUCGCAACGAUGUUGUAUAUAUUCGACUAGAUGUACGUGGUUCUAAAGGCCAAAGUAAAUCCGCCCUUUAUCGACACUUGGGCGGAGUAGAGGUACAAGAUCAACUUGCCGUAUUAAGAUAUCUGCUGGAUUCUCUGAAAUUCCUCGAUGAGACACGAGUGGGUGUGUGGGGUUGGGGCUAUGGAGGAUAUGUAACAACUAUGUUAUUAGGAUCACAGCAGAGUGUGUUCAAAUGCGGCAUUGCAGUGUCUCCCAUAACAGAUUGGCUCUAUUAUAAUUCUGCUUUCACGGAAAAGAUACUCGGAUUGCCAGCUGAAAAUUAUAAAAGCUAUGUGGAAGCAGAUGCCACACAACGAGCUCGUCAUAUUCCAUCUAAUUCGUUCUUCCUUUUACACGGACUUGCUGACAAUUCAGUUCCCUAUUUACAUGGAAUUCAGUUGGCCAGAGCACUCACAGAAGCUGGAGUACUCUUUCGAUAUCAAAGUUACGCAGACGAAGGACAUAAGCUAACAGGAGUUGUAGAACAUGUUUAUCGUUCUAUGGAGCACUACCUUCGAGAUUGCUUAAUACUCGACCCAGACGAUUCUAGACCUAAGAAAAAUACCGAGUGAUGGAAAAUAUUACGUUUCUUUUUAUAAAUGAAAAAUGGUGGAGUGUUAUAUAUUCACAAUAUCGAGAGGAAAAGGUGAGUGAAUGAGAAAAUGUUUUGAGCAUUAAAAGAGAUUUUCACUUUAUCUCUCGUUGUUAUGGGUAUAUAUAGUUACAAUAUACCUAAAUUCAUUGAAAUCAAAAUAACGAAAAUUGUAUAUCAAAAAGAAGAAGAAAAAAAAACAAAAUAACUUCACAUUAAUACUGUAAAACUAUUUAUGCGUAACUUAACUUAUUCUUGUAAUUAUUAUUUUUUUCUCAUAGUUACAUAAAAAAUAUUUUUUGCAUCACUCUCCAUUAAUGCUAUUUGUGAAAUGUGAGAUUUAAAUGACGGAAGAAUUAAGGAAGUAAAAAAGACACGUUUUUUCAUAGAAAUUAUUAUCUAUUAAAUACAUUACAAAAAAAAGGAUGAAUAUAAGAUGGAAAAAAGUAAAAAAUAUGUUUAAAAUGUUAACAAAUAAAGUGCUUUAAACAGUAAUCCGUACUUAAAGGGAAAAAUAUCGAAAUAUGUAAUAGGCAUAUAGAGAAAACUAUUUCGAUUUUAAAUUAUCUUUUAUCUUUCUAUCAUAUUAAUAACAUAAAAUUUACCAUAGAAACAGUUUAAUAAAAGUGAAAUAAUUUCAAGAAAAAAAAAUACAUUCAUCUGAUCAAUUUUUCCAAAAUACUUAAUAGCAAUAUGACAAGUUGCAAUGCAUAGAAAGCAGAAGAUUUAAUGCACUAUUUCAUUGUCAAUUAUUUUGUACAAUAAUAUUAAAAAAAAAAAAAACGAAAAACAAAAUUGUGUCCACUUUGGAGUGACAUUCAUAACUUUGGGUCUAAUGCCUUUAGGAGGUUAAUAAUAGUGCGGGUAUAUAGCAAAAAAGUUUAGGUCAGUACAUUAGUAGCCGAAACUACAACUUUUACAUAAAGAAUUCAUGUAUGUACUUUUCUUGCCAGAAACUCCGUCUGCUUUGAACUCUUUCAGCACACUACAACGAUAAAUCUUUCUGGGGUGAUAUAGUGAAGGGGCAAACAUGAUGUAUCCAUCGAAAGUUCAAGCAAGAUGAAAUGAUACACGACAUUUUAUUUUCAAUCCGAAUAAUAACAGAGUGAUAGGAAUCUGUGAUAUUUUUGUUAAGAUUUCAGAAUUAUUCUUUAUUUUUAUUUUAUUAAAAAAUAAAUUAUUAUAUUUUGUAAAAUAUUCUACUUAGACAUUAUUUUACAAAUAUUUAUUUAACAACGAUGAAAAAAUGUUUUAUCCUCUAAAUAUUUGUUAAAUAUGUUGUAAAAAUCAUUAUAAUCCCUAUCAUAAAAAACUGUUGAAAAGAAAAUACAAAUAAAUCAAAAAAUCACAGGAAUGUAAAAGUGUAGCACUUUCAGGUUUUAGAAUUUAGCAGGUAACUUUUUCUGUACUUGAUAUAAAUGAAUAUCUAUCUAAAUAUUGCAAAAUAUCUAAAAAUAAAGGCUCUAAUAUAAAUUAAAGUUUUUGUUGAUUUAUGAAAUUUAGAAGUUAAUGAACGUCACUUGAAUUUGGACACAUUUUAUUUAUUUAAAUUUAUUAUGUAUAUAAUAGGUGAUGAAUAUAUUUUCGUUGAUAGGAGAGACUGGAGCUAAAUAGGUCAUUUGGAAAUGUUUGACAUUGAAGGGCUUUUAGCAAAUUUCCCGUUUGCGUAAUGAUUUUUUUAAAAUUGAUUUUUAAUCUUUAAUUUCGUCUAUGCGGGCGAUUUUGUCUAAAAUCUUUUUGUUUUCCUAUUAUUUUAAAGUUGUAAUAUUUUCAUUAUUCUGUGAAAAAUGUUACAAGAUAUUGAUUGUUGUUUCUUUCUUUAGUCGUGUUAUAAAAGAAAAAAAAAUACUUUUCAAGAAUUUCUUUAGGAACUUUCUUAAAGAUGUUUAGAAAUGUAAAUCUUUGUUUUUUUUUCUUUUAUAUCACGUCAACAGAAUGAUUUAAAAAAUAAACUGACAAAAUCUUACAGCUUUCUUAAUGUGAGAAAAGAAAAUAAUUUUUUUUUAACACAAACGACUCUUUUACCCUUUAGAAUUCUUUUUAGAUUGUAACAAACUUCAAAAAAAAUCAAUUUAAUCCACAUUGACUCACUUAUCUCCGGUCUAUAGAAAAAAGUUUAAAAAGGAACGAUGUUUAAGGAUAAAAGUAAAAAAAAAUCGGAUACUUUUUGAAUAAUUUCUUCUUUUUUUCUCCAUCCGAUAUGGUUAUCACUUAUGCAUGUAACAGUAAAACUGAAAAUUAUACAUUAAAGUAUGGUUGUGAGUAGCAAAAUAAAACCUAUGUUUAAAUGUUAUUAAAAAAUGGAAGUAAAAAAAAUUAAAGUAAUAAGUUUAAAAGGAAAAUUGUAAAGAAAUGUACAAUAGAAUAUUGAAAAUUUUUAUCACCAGUUGUUCUCCCCUCCCCCCAAGACUUACACAUGCAAAAUGUAGGAAUAAAAAUACUUUUAUCAGUUUGAAAUUGUAUAGGCAAUAAUAGAAUCCAUUGCUUCCGAUUAAAGUAAGUCUAAAAUAUAAAUUAAUUGUAUCUAUAUAUUAAAUAUGAGUAUACCCUCCCCUUACAAAUAUAGGAUAUAGUUAAUUUUAAAGUGGAAAAUUUCGAGAAAAAAAGUGUUGUGCUUCCGACAAAUCACAGCUAUAUUGCAAAAUAGAAUAAAAGUAAAAAAAAAAAGGGGAAAUUUUGCAGAUUACAAUUAACUACAUAUUCCCUAUAUUGUGAGUAAACACGGUUGUUGAAUUAAAAGAAAGAAAAAUAAUUUUGUAGUAAAAUCCCAGUUAGUGAUUAUGCCUAUGUCUUCAAAUUAUUUUGUAUGGUUGUGUUUUGAGCUAAAACUAUGUUAAAUUUUUACUUAAAAUAAAAAUGCCUAAUUUUCUUUUUAAAAAAACAUUGAAAAAAAAUCGUUAAGCUCUUAAUGCAAUAUCUUACUGUAAAACAAACGUGGGUUCGAUUACAUUAAUAUAUAGAUAAAUAGUCACGAUAUGGAUAGUGUGGGAUAUUAAAAUGCAAAACGAAAAAAAAAAUAGGAAAAAUUUAAGCAUUUCCACAUUAAAGGCAUUGGAAAUAUUAAACGCUAACUUAAAAAAAUGAAAUUCUUCCCCCCACACUUUAUCGUAAAAUCCAGGGUAAAACCCACAUAGACGUAAAGAAAAUAAAAUGGUAUUCUUUAAUUUUUAAAUAAUUCAAUUCAAUCAAAAUAAAAACACCAUGCUGUGCAAAAAAUAAAGAUUUUUUGACUAUUCUCAUAAAAAAAUCUAACUUUAUCUACAGUAAACAUAAAAAUAUAAUGUAGUUCAAUUAAUUUAAAUCAAAUUUUCUCACGAUUGUACUAUAGAAAGUAAACUAAUGAAUAAAUUAUGAUUUUCAAUAUCUGUAAA